GAGCAGCAGAAGAGAAGUCAGACCUUGGUGUUAUUAACUUUUAGGCACAUCAUGGAUAACCUGAUCCCCUGUGUCACAAAUCUUAAACACACAGUUACCUCAGAACGCGUGGUUUCAUCAUUCUUGGCAUACAUAAUACUCAGCUCAUAAUCUGCUGCUUUUAAACGUUUUUCUGCGGCCUCCUUAACAGUCUUUCACAAAGAAGACAACAUGAACUUCCAAAAUGAGAGAACAAUCACCGAAAAUGGCACCUGUAAAAGUCCAGUAGAUAUAGAUUUGUUUCUGCACUAUUCGCUCAUUCCUUCGGUACUUAUCAUUCUGGCACUUUCCUUUCUUGAGAGACGUAUUAAUAAGACCCAUUUUGAUGACAAAAUACAGCUUCUCGAUAGAAGGUUUGGAUUUGUCAUUCCUUUAGAUCUCCUAGGCACAUUUAACAACAGAUGGACAUUUGGCUUUGCAUUUGGAGCAAUUGCUAACAAGGUCAUGUCACUCUUUUCUGAGGAAUAUCUGCCAGUAGCAGUUCCCUCAUGGGCUCGAGCACUUGGUCUUCUAGUUGGAGCCAUUGAAGUUGGACUAUCUUAUUAUCCCAUAUUUGCCUGUCUCAGCACAAAUAGUAAAAUAAUUGGGUCUCUCACAGGAUUUUUAUAUACACUUACUUGGUUUAUAGUAACAAUGAUUUACAUUACAUCGUGCCCUCAUGGUCAGGUCUUAGGACGUUUUGAAAAUGUCAUUUUUUAUUGGCCAUCUAUUUUGUGUCUAGCCUUCUUGAUGGGACGUUUUGUUCACAUAUUCAUAAAAUUCAUUAGAAUUUUGAUGGGAGCUGACCUUCAAAAUGAAGAAACAUGUUUUUUACCUGUACAUCAAGCUGAGCAUGUCAAGAGACUCUUGAGAAAACCUGUACAGGUCCAGAAAUCCUGGUUUGAAAGAAAAAUAUACAACUGGGAUCCAUGUUUUAAGUUUCCUAGCAGAAUGAUUGGCACUACUGUCCUGUCGCUGUUCUGCCUGUACAUUUUUAUUAUUUUGGAAUAUAGUGUUUUUGCCACUCUUACACAACUGCUUGAUAUGUGUGAAGAGCAAAUGGUGCAGAUGGCACCUGAUGUGACAUGGGAAGGAUACAACCAAACAGUUGCCUCAUUUAAGGAGUUCAGUGAAACCUUUGUGGGUGUUUGGUUUUUCACUACUUUCUUCGCAAGUGCAGUUACUGUGUCAUAUAUAUUUCACAUAUUAGUCUGCUACAGAAAACACAUGAGAAGACUUUGGAUUGGGGAAAAAGGUUUCCUUCCCAUAAAAUAUCAUAAACCUUCAUCUUCUAAAUGUGUGGCUGCAAUAGCAAGAUACUCUGGCUGGCAAGUUGCUUAUAUUUUAUGGGGGUACUUGAUAUUGCACAUAGUGCAAUGUCUGUUUGGCAUGGCUUUUGCAUAUGCUGUUGUUUUUCCAAUUAAACAUGGCCAAGCUAUAAUAUUUCUGAAGGGCUUAGGAAUUUCCAUUCUUACAAUUGCAAUUGUUAUUGUGCUGAUGGCCCUGCAAGACCUGUUGGCAAGCAGAUUCUUCCUACAGAAGAAAAUUUCCCCGGAAGAUAAGAAGAAACCACUAGCUCUAAACAACAGGAAGGCAUUCCAUAAUUUUAAUUACUUCUUCUUCUUCUACAAUGUGAUCCUUGGUUUGGGUGCCUGUCUGUUUCGGCUUCUCUGUAGUUUGAUAUUGGGAAGUUGGUUAAUUGCAAGGAUUGACCGUACGAUAUUACAACGAGGAUAUGAAUCAGCUGACAUGGGCUACAACACAUGGAUUGGAAUGAUUUAUGUGGAUCACUAUCAUACUAACCCGGUACUUGUAAGUUUCUGCAACAUUCUUCUGACAAUGAGUGCUGAGAAAAGACUGAAAGAGUCACCUGCAUACUAUACAUUUAGUAACACAGCAGGACCUCCUACAUCAGUAAAAGCCAGAACAAGAUGGCUCUUGUAUUACACUCUUUUGAAAAACCCAAGACUCAUAAUACAAAGGAAACUAAAAGAAAUGGAUGAUGUAGAUUUAAGAAACACAGCGACACAGAGUAGACUCGUUCAAGCUUCUGUUAUGGAGGCUGAAAUAAGAAAUAACCAGGAAAGGCCAAUUGAUGACCUCCUACAUCAGUAAAAGCCAGAACAAGAUGGCUCUUGUAUUACACUCUUUUGAAAAACCCAAGACUCAUAAUACAAAGGAAACUAAAAGAAAUGGAUGAUGUAGAUUUAAGAAACACAGCGACACAGAGUAGACUCGUUCAAGCUUCUGUUAUGGAGGCUGAAAUAAGAAAUAACCAGGAAAGGCCAAUUGAUGUAAAUUGUGUGGAAAUAAGGGAAAGGCGUUCAAUAUUUAUUUAACAUAGUAACAUAGUAUCUAAGGUUGAAAAAAGACAAUUGUCCAUCGAAUUCAACCUAUUUAUGGUCUCCUAUGCACGAUUAUUUUGUAUAAAAUUUUGACUGAAGUUGAUGACUGCCGUUAUGUUUUACCCCUCUUUUUUAUAAUAACCAUAGUGCGUGACUAUGCCCCGUAACUCUGGAUAUCCUUAUCCAUUAGGAAUUUAUCUAACCCAUUCUUAAAGGUGUUGACUGAGUCGGCCAUUACAACUACCUCAGGCAGGGAAUACCAAACACGUAUCGUCCUUACCGUAAAAAAGCCUUUACGCCGUAUUGUGCGGAAUCUCCUCUCCUCUAACCUGAGCGUGUGUCCACGAGUUCUCUGUGUUGAUCUAACCAAAAACAGGUCCUGCGCAAGAGCUGUAUAUUGUCCCCUUAUAUAUUUGUAAAUGUUGAUCAUGUCCCCUCUUAAUCUCCUCUUUUCCAGUGUAAACAUGCCUAGUCUUGCAAGCCUUUCCUCGUAUUCCAGCGUCUCCAUACCCUUAAUUAGUUUGGUCGUCCGCCUCUGAACCUUUUCUAGCUCCAGGAUAUCCUUUUUGUAGUAAGGUGCCCAGAAUUGUACACAGUAUUCAAGGUGUGGCCUCACAAGUGAUUUAUAUAACGGGAGUAUAAUACUAUCAUCCCUUGCUUCAAUUCCCUAUUUUAUACAUGCUAAUAUCUUAUUAGCCUUCUUUGCUGCAGUCCUACUUUGGGUACUACUGCUUAGUUUGCUAUCUAUGAGGACACCUAUUCCUUUUCCAGUACAGAAUCCCGUAAUUGUACCCCAUUUAGUAGGUAGGUGUUAUUUUUGUUCUUGUUACCACAGUGCAUUACCUUACACUUGUCUGUAUUGAAGCGCAUUCUCCAUUUUGCUGCCCAAGCUUCUAAUUUAACUAAGUCAUUCUGAAGUAAAUCAGCAUCCCCCUCCGCAUUUAUAACUUUACACAAUUUGGCAUCAUCUGCAAAAAUUGACACCAUGCUCUCUAGACCUUCUGUUAGGUCGUUAAUGAAAAUAUUGAACAAUAGCGGUCCUAAUACUGAGCCUUGCAGCACACCACUUAGCACUUCAGUCCAAUUAGAAAAAGAUCCAUUAACCACAACGCGCUGCUCCCUAUUAUCUAACCAGUUUUUGACCCAAGUGCAUAUUGUGCUUCCUAGCCCUGUUUCUUGUGGCUUGUAGAUAAGUCUCAUGUGUGGUACAAUGUCGAAUGCUUUGGCAAAAUCUAAAAAGAUUACAUCCACCUCUUUACCCUUAUCUAGGUUUGCGCUUACUGUUUCAUAAAAGCCAAGUAAGUUGGUUUGACAGGAUCUGUCCUUCAUAAACCCAUAUUGAUUCCUUUUAAUGACAUUAUUGACUUCAAGGAACUUCUGAAUACUAUCUCUUAGAAUACCUUCCAGUACUUUCCCCACUAUAGAUGUAAGACUAACUGGUCUAUAAUUACCUGGUUCAGCUUUACGUCCCUUUUUGAAUAUAGGCACUACUUCCGCUAUACGCCAGUCUUUGGGAACCAUACCUGAUAUUACUGAAUCCUUAAAGAUCAAAAAAAUCCUUAAAGAUCAAAAAGACUUGGAGAGAAUGUGUGUGUGUUUAUAUGAGACCUAAAUCAAGUCUCUUACACUAGGAUUGAAGAAUAUUGCUGCACUUUUGUAUCAGAACCCUAUCAAUCACGAUGUUUAACUGAUGUCAAUGGAUGUGGCUGCAGAUGGUGUUUUCUUGCAGCUUUUCACUUAAUAGCUUCUAUAACAAAUCUUUUAACAAGGCAAACUUAAUGUAAAACAAGAAGAAACAGCAGUAGUGCAACAUUAACACUGUUAUCAAACCAAGAAACUUGGACGGUGUGGUCUGCGUGGUCGUAUAAGCAUCGAAGCGAUAAUGGGGGUCAUUCCGAGUUGAUCGCUCGCUAGCUGUUUUUAGCAGCCAUGUGAACGCAUAGUCGCCGCCCACAGGGGAGUGUAUUUUAGCCUUGCAAGUGUGCGAACGCCUGUGCAGCCGAGCUGUGCAAAAACAGUUUGUGCAGUUUCUGAGUAGCUCUGAACUUACUCAGCCCUUGUGUUCACUUCAGCCUGUCCGGGACCGAAACUGACGUCAGACACCCGCCCUGCAAACACUUGGACACGCCUGCGUUUUUCCAAACACUCCCAGAAAACGGUCAGUUGACACCCAUAAACGCCUUCUUCCUGUCAAUCUCUUUGCGAUUGUCCGUGCGAAUGGAUUUUUCAUAAAACCCAUCGCACAACAACUAUCCGCUUUGUGCCCGUGCGACGCACCUGCGCAUUGCAGUGCAUACGCAGUUCUGACCUGAUCGCAGCGCAGCUAAAAAACAUAGCGUGCGAUCCGGCCAGAAUGACCCCCAUUAUCCAUUGCAGCAGUCACAUCCACAUUAUAGUAAUGAACUAGGGAACAGGGAUCUUCACAGGCACCCCAUAUCACAGACAAUCCAGAUCAUUCCCCUCCUUGAACGAUACCUGGUCAACUCCAUUGGCAAAGAUCUAAUUUGAGGGUCUGCCACUGAGAACAUGUUUAUAACAAGAUUUAUAACAUGUUUAUAAUCUUAUAAACAUGAUUGUUUCUUUUUACUCUGUCAAGACCGAUUGUUACUGAUAAAUGUGUAAUAACUCAGUGUUGAAAGUUCCAACCAGGAACAACAGGGCACACUGAGGCUGGCUUUGACUUAUUAGCUGACACAGACAGUUAUGCUUUCUUGUGGCUGGCCACAUGCCCGUCUCAUGGAUUUGUGACCAUACUACAAAGGCAGCCUAGGCAUGUCCAUCUUUACCCCCUUCCUCCUCCUCUUCUGCACCCCCUCUGUCAAUUGCAUGACAUACUGUAUAGUAGUCAAUAGGAAGGUAAUUGUACUGUAUGGUGAUCACAUGGAUGCUCUCUAGAUGGUGGUCAUAUGGAUGCUUUCAUUAUUAUAUUGUGGCUAUGGCUAUUGGUUUGCUAUCCCCCAUCUAUGUUUGUUAUGGUCCCUACCGAAUGUUUUUGUGGUCCUGUCUAUAUGAGGCCACAUUCAGAUUUUCUCCAGGGCCACUUUAAAUUCCCAGUCUGCCCCUCAAUGUAGUAUAUUUUAAGGAUGUGCAUAUCACAUUAGGGUGUAAUACCACAUUUAUUAGUUAAAGAAAAUAGGAACGUGAUAUUGUUUGACGUACUGAAGUGAUACCCCUUCUUCCAUGAUGCAAUUUUUUGAUAGGCUUACAUGUCUAAGGAAGGGAAGAUAAGGUAAUUUGUAUUUUAACUUGUCUCUUGCACAGAAGCAUAGGUAAACUGUACUAUGACGCGUUCCUAACAGCAAGUGAUGGUGAGACACAUCACCUGCUCAGUUAUCCUAAGUGAAGGAAGGGAGCCACUUCAACAAUAAGGAGUUUAGUGGAUUAUGGGACUGAUUGGGAGUCAGAUGUAGCGAUGGCAAUGUCUCUAUCUGUUGGAGGUCAUCCGUCUGUGACUUUAUGUAAAAGCAAUAUAAAACCCUUCCCUGGUGUACCUCCAUGCCUUGGCAUGUGCAAGACUAAGAUGCUCACUGUUACUGUGCACAGACACUGCAAUACCAAUUGGUGUGUUUUUAGAUGUGUAUCGAACAUUGAAAUUUGCACCAGCUCUUUACCCAUCUGGAAACGGCCUCAUUUGUGAGCAGUUAAUUAUCUCUGUAUAGAGAAGGUUUAUGUGACAUACCCACGGCACUCCCAUAACACACACCAUCUCAUGUACAGAUGAUACUGAAAUCCAAAACAGCUAAGUUUGCCAAGGGAUGUGGUAUAGAUUGAGAAAAGCACAUGGCCUAAGACUGAGCCUUGCGGUACUCCAACUGAUAGAAGUAGCAAAGAGGAGGUGGAUUCAGAGAAGCAGACAAUUUGUCACAGCACCUCACCCCAGCCUGCGCUCAUAUAACCUGACGCCGGUGGACGGUCGUGAUGUGGGUGUUACUCAAGCAUCCACCAUGAAGAGUAUUAGAAUGGCGCUCUUGUGUUUGCCACACAUUUAAAUCACACUUACAAGAUCCACAGUUAUUGCAUAUAUGUAAGCGCAAUAAUAGAGCACAGAGAUACCGCUGAUAAAUUCAGUCCUUGUGGAAAGCUAAUCCAUAUUUGCCUAC